UUCACAUGGAAUGUGUCCAAUGUUGCAUACUGGGAAUUGCAAAAACUGGGAUAUGCUGAGAUGGAGGCUGAUGUGAAAGUGGACAUACUGAAGUUCCUAUGUGAGGCCCAGUUUGAUGAGAAUAUUAAAUUUAAGACUUUUAUAAACAAGGAGAUUGAGGCUGAUACAAUGAGAGUGCAACCGGAUUUAGAUUUUAACAUAGGAAUAUACAGAGAAGAACAAGACGACAUUGACGGAUCCACUUGGCAUUCAGUUGUCAGUGAUCGUGAAGAGUUAUCUCGACUGAUAGUAUCAUUGAGAGGUGUAACAGAAAAAAAAUCAGAUGACACCGAUUCUACAUCGGGAUCAGUCACAACUAAUGAUCAAAAGAAUGCAGAAGAUUUUCUGAUUUCAGACGAUGAGAACAGCAGGGAUAGUUUGGAUGACAAAACACCAGUUUCCAUCGACAAAAUAAAAAAAGAAAGUCAAGAAGAUGAGGAUGAUCAAGAGCAAAAAGAGGAGAGGAAGGACCCCAAAUCAGCGUCAACCAAAGAUGCGGAACAGAAGGAAUCUGCAGUUAACAGUGAGUCAAUUAAGAAGGAAGAAACUGCUGAUGAGGAAGAUGAAAAAGAGCAGAAAGAUAGUAAAGAAGGAGAUGCAGAUAAAACACAGAAAGUUGGUGACAAAGAAGAGGAACAAACUGACAAAGAGAAAGACAAGAAAGAAGAUGAUCAAAAGGAAGAAGAAGAUAAACCGAGUGAUGAUGAGGAAAAAGAGAAUGGAACAGAGGAUAAAGAAGAAGAGAUGAUUGAAAAUGAGGAAGAGGUAGCCACAAAAGAACCAAAAAAAAGAGGAAGAAAGAAAAAAAGGAGAGGGCGUCCCAGAUUAACAUUGAAAAAAACUCCUAGGAAAGCAGUUGCAAAGAAACCAUCUUACAAAGAAAUUAGUGAUGAAGAAAAAGAAGAUGAUGAGGAAGAUGAUGAGGAAGAGGAAGAGGAAAAAUGUGAUGAUGAUAAACCAUGUUGUAAAUGUGGACAAUAUGACCAACCUGAAUGGAUUUUGUUAUGCGAUAAAUGUGAUGCCGGGUAUCAUACCGCAUGUUUACGUCCUCCAUUAAUGAUGAUACCAGAUGGUGAAUGGUUCUGUCCAAGUUGUGAACAUGUCACAUUGAUUGUCAAAUUACAAGAAAUGCUGGAGUUACUGGAUGGACAGAUAAAACGCAAAGAGAGACGACAGAGAAAGAAAGAAAGACAGACCUUCAUUGGGAUCAAUCCAGCCAAUAUUAUACAGAUGGAAAAUGAACGGAUCACCAAAAUUAGAACCAAAAAGGGCAAGGAGAACAUCAUUGAAGAUAUUAUUUUUGAGAGGAGGUCUGGUCGUCAACGGAAACAGAUCAGCUAUCGAUUCGAAGAAUUUGAUGAUGCAAUUAACUCUGCAAUACGAGAUGAGGUCAAAGAAAAACAAGAAUAUCAAGCUGAGUGUGAAACAGCCGGUGCGGGUGUGAGUCGAGGUAAAGACAUAUCAACCAUAGUAGAGGAGUCGGAAAAAGAGUUGUCACAAACUAGUCACUGGAGUAAACGAGCCCGCAAGAAAAGAUUGAUGGAUUUAGAUGCUACCAGUGAAGAAUCUUAUAGCAGCGAAGAAGUUAAAUAUGGAAGCAGUUCUAGUGACAGUGAGGGAGAUUUCAUCGCUGAAAAUGAUGAAGACAUCAGUGAAAGUGAUAGCAGUCACAGGAGACCCAAGCAAAGGAGGCGAGGUCGGCGUGGUAAACCAUACAUAAAACCAACAAGACGAAGUCAGCGAAAUUCUCGUAAUCUGCAGCGUUACUAUAGUGACAGUAUGGAUGAUGAAGAUGAGGAAGAUGAUUUUGAGUCUGAUGAGUCAAGUGAUUACAGUGACGAGUUUCGUAGAAAACGAGCAUUGCGUAAAAUUGCACAAAAGCGACGUGUUAGUUACCGUGAACAGUCAGAUAGCGGCAACUCAGCUACUGAGUCAUCAGCAGAUGAGAAACCACAACAAACGUUACCCCAGGAAUUACGCAAGUCACGAGUGGUCAAGCACAGACUGGUUACAGACAGUGAAGAGGAAUCAACGGAGAAAAGCAGUGAAGAUGAAAAAAGUGAUGACGAACAGGGAGAAUCGAUGGAUCAUAAGGACAGUGAUUUUUCUGUGAAUGAAAUUGCAAAGCGUAAAAAGCGUUAUGAAGACGACAGUGACUUUGAAGCAGAAGUAGCACGUAAGAAGCUUAAAGAAAGACAUUCCCAACGGUCAGAGGGAAAGCGUGUUAAUUACCAGGCAUUGCUCGGGCAGAGUAGCGAGGAAGAAGAUGAGGAGCAGAAAGAGGAUGACGACAUCGAAAGUGAUGAUGAAAGUGUUACUAAGGACCACAAAAUUGUUGAAACGCAUGUGAAACCGUUGAGUGCAACGGAGAAAAAUGGCACUGUAAAAUACAAAACCACAGACAAAGUUCGAAUCGUGAAUAGUGAAACUAGCGUUGACAAAAUUGAGAACCAGGACAAAGAAGCGACUUCUGCAGCCACAGUUAGUGCGCCCUCAGUGGCGGCAUCAUCGGCUGAAGUGUCUCAUGCAAAUGGUCAAAAUUUUUUUAAUGGUGUUAAACCAGAACCUGAAGAAAGUGAUGAUGAAGAUGAACUUUUGAAUGUCACUGAUCUUGUGGAUUAUGUAACAAGAGACACAUUAUAGUGGUGAAGUUGAUAUAAAUAAUGUACAAAUGACUUAUAUAUGAAUAUUAAGACAGGUUAUGUAUGCUGUCUGUGCAUAAUGCUGCUCUCUUUUUAAAGAGCUAUAAAAUGAGUAGAAGUCUCCUAGGUCACAUGACUCCACAGUUUUUAAUUAUCACUACAACUGCCAAACAAUAUUAUUCAAAAGUAAACAGUCUCUUCUCCACAGCCAUUUAUUUUUAGAGUGUAAUUCUCAAUAACUAAAUUUGCAUACUGCAAGCUGGUCCUUCUAUGCCACUGUGCAUUCUAGUGAAUUUUUUUUUUAUUGUACCUACAUUGGUAAAUCUGUUUUAAAUUGUAGUCAUGCAGUGUUUUAACAUUCCUGCUAUUUGUUACUUUAAUCUUCUCAGAAUUACCCCCUCCUCUGAUAACAGACACACAAGCGCAACAUCUGCAAGAAAAGCUGAAAAUCAUAUUUUGAUCAACUAAGAUGAAUACCAACAGAUUUGACCAAGGUACAUUUGCUUCUAAGAAUACAAAUACAAUGUACACAGUAUCAGUAUGUUGUCUACACAUCAGUUAUCUAUGCUUUGGUUUCUCUUGAAAUAAUUUUGCACGCCUAUGUAAAUAUCCUGCAUAUGAUUUAAUUUCAAUUAGCGUGUUAAACCCGCAAAAUUAUAAUUAAUAUAAAUACAGAAAAACAAUUCUUGUAUAUUUCUAUUGUAAUAUAAGGAUACAGUAAAGGUGGGAUUUUGCUUUAAAGAUCGAAUACUUCUUUACUUCGUAUACUUUUGAAGUUUUGAAGUAGGAAUUAUGUUUGGUGUCAGUAAACGAAACAUGCGAGGAAAUUUGAUGUUGAACGAGACGAGAGACAGUAAUAGAUGUAAAUUUCUUUUCAAUAUAUGAAUACUUGUCUUGAUAGUGAUUUAUCGUAGCAAUUGUACUCGCAUUAUAUUCACAAUACCGAUAGUUUCUGUUUAUUACUCGGUUGCAAGUAAAACAAUCACUUCAUCCUA